AUUAAAUAUAAAGACACAAAAAGUUUUUAAAAUGUGAAGCAGUCCAAAUUCACUACAAAUGAAAUAAGUAUUCAUAAAAAAACGGCCAUGGAUCGAUGACAACUUUGGCAUACACCAGCAUAACCAUUUUCCGUCUUACGGUGAUCUGAUAUUGCAUCGUAGCCCUUUGAUUGCCUACUCAGACGAUCAAACAUUUCUUAUUCUCCCGUCUUACGAAUCCAUCCCCGAAGAUAAUAUUGAUCCUUUGCAGAUCGUUUUACACGUACGCUCUGUUGCGCGAGAGGGAUUUCUGUUGAUGGAAAAAGGAAUAAUAUCUUCGAGAUGCCCAUGGCGUGAUAGAUAAAAGCAAAAUGAGAACGUAGAAAACAGUGAAAGAAAUGUGUAGAUGGAUUUCCCUUAAAUACGUCAUCUGUCCAGGGUUUUUCCUUUCAACGACGGCGAAUUGAGACUACAUGAUCCAUGUAGUGCUGCUUCAGGGAUUUCUUGCUGUUCCUUAUGGGCAAGAUGAGACCCUCAGCAACGCUAACAUUCAGUACACAUCAGAAUUUAUUUUUGUUCGUACCCUUGGUGUGAAUCUAAGGUUUGCUAUUGCGUAGUUUGAAUGUGUAUGUGUAUUUCCAGAUACUCUCCUUUCUCGAGAGCUUAUUUACUUCCACUGUACGAGCCAAUCCAAACAAUAUUACCGGAUGCAAGGAGAAUUUUAUCGAGAAAUUAAACUGUUGAUAGUGUCACAUCUUUUACGUGUAGCAGCCAUCCCAUUUUAACGCUCAACUACUGGAUCGUACUAUAUGAUUCCGAAAAACGUGGGGCGACUGGAGUAGGAACGAACUUUUAGUUCAGAGAUUUGGAGAAGUUAUUCUUAUUCAUUUGGUGUAAACAAAAAUCCACGCAAUUGUUUAGAUUACGCUGCCAAGUCUUAAAAGGGGAGGGAGGAGAUGGAAGUGGGAAAAUACGUGUUGCUCAUGUUGCAGAAUCGGCUCAACGAUCAUGCGCCUUGGAACAUUCGGCGGCUGGUUAUCCUCUGGAUUCCUCUUCCUUCACAGCUAAGCGUCCAGCGAGAGAAUUUUAUCCUCGGUCUACAUAAACUGGCUUACAAAGGAAGAACGGGAGCAGAAGGGGGCAUGUAGUAGGUUCUGAUUGAUUGGAGAAGACGGCGUUAUUUGACGGUUAUUGCUCCGUUUUGCCUGCCGAUGCGUUUCUAAAAACGAAAUUGGAUUCUCAGUUUCAUAACCCCUUUGGAUUUCUCAGUUAUCGGCUGUUCCACAGGACAAAUAUGGAGAUCUUGGCCCUGCAUUUUUUGGAACUGGAGAGCAAUACGAAAACAACUACAGCAGCCACGAAGGGUUUAGGAUCCCGAAGGAUACAUAUUGAAACUUCGGAUUCAAACAGUCCAGUGCCCGGCGUAGACAGUGACGCCGCCGACGCUUUUGCAUUCAUUUACGGUGUUGUCGGUCCUACGAUUGUAACCUUCGGUUUGAUUGGCAAUAUUCUGAUUCUUUUCGUGGUAGGGCGAUCGCGGAUGGAAGGUGCGAUUCCAGUCUACUUGUCGGCGCUCGCUCUGUCAGAUAUGGGCGCCCUGUUAUCAUCUAUUCCCUUAUGGAUCCGGUUGGCUCAAAAAGUCGCCUGUAGCCAUUGGAGCGCAUUUUACUAUGGCCAUCUGGAAUUAUUCAUUCUCAAUACGUUUAUGGCGGCAUCCAUUUUCAACGUUGUUGCCCUGACUGUUGAAAGGUAUACAUCCGUAUGUUUGGCAGGUCAAUUCCCGAAGAUUCACACUCCUUUGAGGGCCAAAAUGGCAGUUGCUAUCUCUUUUCUUCUAGCGCUUAUCGUCAGCUUACCACUUUGUAUCCUCAAGUACGUGGUGGUUCAUAACGAAGAAGAAAAGUCUACAAGAGAUUCUAUCAAGUGUCGCUACGAGUACUUGGAGAACAAGAUUGUGACAGCUCAUCCCCUCUGGACGGCAUAUGUAUGGCUGGGAGAGAGUCUAGUCCGCUUUCUCCCCGGUCUAAUUUUGGCUACACUCAACAUGUUAAUUUUGAUCAAAUACCAUGGGGUGGUCAAAACGCGUAGGCAAAUGCGGCAAGGGCAACCAAAUGCAGACUUGCAAGGUAGUGGACGCCCGAAUCGCAACCUUGAACAGGAACGAAAAUUGUUAACUCUUUUGUUAUCGAUAAUAGUAUUGUUUUUUAUCACCAAUAUUCCAUCAGCAGUUUUGUCAAUUAUUUACGAUCAAGAACUGGAAUCAUUUCACAGCUUUCAAGUGUUUCGCGCUGUGGCAAACUUGUUGGAAAUGAGCAACUUCGCACUAAAUUUCUGCAUGUACUUCCUGUGCAGCAAGGAGUUCCGUAAAAUGCUGUAUAAAGCCAUGCCGCAAUGCGGGUUUUCGAAAUUUUUCAUCUUGUCCUCCACUUCCAAUAGUCAGUCUUCAAAUCCUCAGACAUGUCCAGUAGUGUUAUCAGGGUCACUUAACAAUCAUCAUCCUUCUUGAUUAGGCAAACGUCUAACGAAUGUGACAGUAUCUACAAAGAAGACACCAUUACCGGGAGAAUGGCGUUAGAAUCACCUGCUGUGGCAUUCUCGACAAGUAUACUUAUAAUAUGUGUAAGUCCUAAUAUACUAUAUACAUAAAACUAGAAUUGUCUUCACCACUAUUGGCUAUCGUUCGAAACGAUUUCAAUUUCAAUUUGGGUUUCAUGGGCACGCUUCCUGUUAAUUAUUUGUGGCUAUGUAAUAAAAAUUAAAUAAAUAUAGUAGUCUUGGUUAAAUACUAGUUACAAAUAAUGAAACAAAAAGAUUGGAAAAGAAGUGAUACAUGUGGUCAAUGUAUGUAGUGUUUUCCUUCUUCCUUUAUUCAGUAUUACAUUAGAACUGUUCCAGAAAGUUAA